AUGAAUAACACCACAGUGAACCUCACCACGCCUGAAGCAUUCACAAACUCCACAAGUCUUUCUAUUGAGAUAAUGGCCACGCUGGAAAUCUGUGUGGGGAUCAUCAACUUCCUGUUUGGUCUUCCUGCACACUCGUAUGUUAUUUGGUUCAUCGUCACAGGAACACAAAGUGGAAUUGCAUCAGGAUUCUUCAACCUCAAUCUCUCUGUUUGUGAGAUUGGUAACUGUCUACAUAGUUUCUUCUUUGUAAUGGAUUCUUUUCACUCGUUUUCUAGUCUCGAGGGUUUAACAAACUUCAUUUUGGGUCUAGCCAUCACUGGUCGUCCUCUGUUUCAGUGUCUGGUGUGUGUUGAGCGUUAUCUGGCAGUGGUUCAUCCUGUAACCUUUCUGAAGUUCAAACCUCUCAGAUAUAGAGUGAUGUGCUCCACUGCUGCCUGGAUUAUUAGUUUGGGCUCCUGUUUUAGUAUAUUUAGUGUAAUAUCACAAAACCAAUAUAUUAGUGUAUGGUUCUUCUUGGUGCAGUUCGUAAUAUUUAUCUCUGUUCAGUUGUUCUGCUGUUUGGCUGUUCUCAGAGCUCUGAAGCAGUCAGGACCAGGAGAGAGAGGGAGAGACAGAGGGAGAGAGAGAGGGGAGGAAAACCACAUGAAGAGAAGAGCGUUUUAUCUCAUUCUGAUAAUCACUGUGAGCACGGUUGUCAUAUAUGCACCAUUUAUUAUCUCAGGCAUAUUGAAUGGGAGUCUGUGUAAGGCACGGUUCAUAACUCGCAGGUCCAAGAUUGGCCGCAACCCACCACCUUUCGAAGAAGGCACCCUUGUGAAGAAGGGUCGCAAUCUCCGCUCGCUCGCCCUGCACCAAAGUGAAACAGAUGGCACUGAACUGGGACCGGCGCCUGGCGAAAUGACAGGACCGUGA